AUCUCAAGAAAAACAGUUUUGCAAACAGUAAACAUGGUACUUAAAUAAUUUGACUUAGAGGCUAUUUUUUAGGUUUAUUAGGAGCCCAGUUUAUGCGAAACGGGUAACGAAUGUACUAGUUUCAGGCCCACAUAAACAGCCCACCCGCUACCCAUACUUUUCUUGUAUUGGACCCGGCCUCGUUAGAAUUGGGCGUCUGAGGCCGAAAAAUUAGUCUUUAACUACCUGACUUACCACUUUUAUGGAACCUGACUUACCUCUACCUGCCGUUACUCGUUAAAAUGGAGUCAUGAACACAUAUUUCCAAAAGGAAGACAAUUUGGUAACCAACAGGCAACAGCUUGGAAAUUUUAUUUUUUAUUUUGAAGUCAUAAAAGACACGAUAAUGAUAACAAUUUCUAAAAUAACUAAAAAAAAGUUGUUCAUAUGACAAUAAUUUACCUAGAUUAUCAGAACGUUCAGAUAUGUGGAAACUCAAAAACACGAGUACCGUGAGAACCGCUAGUGACAUUGAAUUUCAAGGUCAAUGUCGAUGCUGCAUGCUUUGAAAGAACCAGCUCGGAUUUUUGGGCUGGUGGUCAGGGAUAAGGAGAAGAACUUUCAUUUCGCGACGGUGAGGAUAUCUAUGGUUCAGUGGUCACCUAAAUUGGAUGAAAUUCAGGCCAUACGUUUUGGUCUAAGGGUGGUGGAAGAUUUUGGUUUUCUCGAGUGGCUAUAAUUGAGACGGAUUGCCUUCGCGCGAUUCAUAUGCUGCAAAGAAAGGAGAUAUCUCUACUCGCCGAAGGCGAUGUAUGGGCAGAAGUUCGAGAAUCUCUCGCUCGUUUCGAAAUGCUUUCGAUCUGAUUUUGGGGUCGAGCCAAUAACCAGGCUACCCAUAUUAUGGCUCACACCGUUCGUGGUUGUGACCAACAUAAUACUUGGACCUCGAGACCUCCUAUUAUUCUAGUCGCUUAGUUGUUAUCAGACUCGUGUACUAUUUCUCCUAAAUGAAAUAAUACGAACUUUUACAUCAAACUGCGAAUUGAAAGCCUUACAAUGUUGGUAGGUUUGAUUGGAUCCGUUCAAUUUGGUAGACGAGAGAUCAUUCUUAAUAACAAUAAAUUUCAUCGUAGAUAAUUAGUCGUAGAUGAUUAAUACAAAUACGCAAUGGAAACCCAAGUCCCCACCCUACCAUUUUGGUGAAAAAAGUUAAAAAAAAGUCCUAUCCAAACACCACUUAAAUAAUAGACUAUGAAGAAAACAAGAGCAGAGACGAUUACCUUUUUUCCACUGGGGUGGUUGAGGGUCGUGAAAGGUCGGUAUCUUUGAUUAAAUUGUUUCUCUCCCAUUUUCCAACUAAAAGGCUGUUGGUGUACUUGUUUUUGGCUCAUUUUCUAUAGAAGGGCUCGAGGCCUAAUUGCUAUAACUUGCCGGUGUUGCUUAUCUGGCUUUCAACUUCCCGAUUUAGCUGCCCCUAAUAAACAACAUAAUACAGGGCUAUAGUUUAAACUCAUUUCAACAGUUAAAUCGGUUCAGAAACAUAUAGCGACAGACAAGACGAUAAGUCGGGAAGUGUGAAGUCUGGUGUGCAACGGUUCGAGUCACGCCCGUAAACGGUAUGGGGGAAGAAAGAACACUCUGUCAUUCCAAACAUACAUCAUUACCGAAUGUGUGUGUAUUGUUAGUGUUGUGGUAUAUGAUCCACGAUUGAACUUCUCCCAACAACUUGAGUUAUUGGGAACAGUUGGUUCUUGACAUGAUAUCAGAGCCUUCUGUGACCGAGAGGUCUUGUGUUCGAUUCCCGGUGACCCCAUUUGUUAAGCACAUGGUAUUCUUGUCUUCAGACCUGUGCAAACUUCAAGCUCUUGUGAGUGACUUUCGUUUGAGAGGGCGUAUUAGUGUUGUGGUAUAUGAUCAACGAUUGAACUUCUCCCAACAACUCGAGUUAUUGGGACAAUUGGUUCUUGACAUGUAUAACCACUUUAUUUAUAUCUUCUCAAUGAUGUAACUAGAGAUUUGGCGAUUUGCGUUUCAGCUUCAUGUGUUAUUCCAAGGGGAAGAAAAUGUGACUAUAAUGCAGGACAAGGGAGAGGAAAGGGCCCGGACGGAGGGGCGGAGAUCUCACUGUAAUAUAAAAAACAAAACAACGAAUCAAAAUUCCACACAUAAACAAGCUUCUCGCUGCCACAAGCGGACCUCCUAAAACCCUAGUAAAUACACUGAAGAAAGACAAUUUAAAUGACCUGUCUGUCACUUUGAUGAUGAAGCUCUAGUUUGGUGCCCUUCACACCCCUCCCUCCUUUCCCCCAUUCGUUUUCCGCAAUUAUAAAACUCAAAAGCUGCUUCAAAGCUUCACUUUCCCCAUCUUCUUCUUUGCCGUUUUCCCCCAUUACUUAAAUAAAUCCCCUCCUGAAAGUAGCCUCUCUGUCACGGGGAAAAGCUCAGCUUCCCCACUCUCUCUUGACAAUUUAUGUCUCUGUCUGUACUAUAGCACACUUGGGAUCCAGCAUCUUCCCCUGUUCCUGAUUCCCUUCGAUUUGCUCGUCUUCUCUGCAAUUGAUCUUUACCCCCAACUCUGAUUCCUAACCCAGUUCCUGAAAUCGAAUUGGAAGUUGAAUCGGCCAUCUGGGACUGGGGCGGGGGAAGGGUAGCUUCAUGGCGGUGACGGAGCGCUGAACGGCGGCCAGUUCGGUAGAGAGAGAAACUAAAACAUGCAGCUGAGUUUGCAGAGGUGGUUCGGAUCCGGAGCUUCCCGUCAAUUGGUGGAAACGAUCUGCCGGCCGUUAAUGAAGCUGCCAUCGAGAUCAUCGGCUGUCAUCUUCUCCGUUCUGUUCCUCCUCGGCGGCGCGUUGAUCUCCACUCGCCUCCUCGACUCCAAUGCGUUCAGCGGCUCGGCUCGGGAACCGGAGCCGGGGAAGGCUCUAACGGCCAGCAGAAUCACGCUUCCCGACAAAAUCCCGAAAAAGCAUCUCGAGAUUCCACUGGACUGCACUGCGCUCAACCGCACCGGAACCUGCCCGACGAACUACCCGCGCGCGAUCGAUCAGGAGGAGCCCGGCCCACCGUCCACGUGUCCGGAGUACUUCCGUUGGAUCCACGAGGAUCUUCGGGCCUGGGCCCACACGGGGAUCACGAGGGAGGCGGUGGAGACGGCGAAGCGGACGGCGAACUUUCGGUUGGUAAUCGUGAACGGGAAGGCUUACGUGGAGAAGUACCAGAAGUCGUUUCAGACGAGGGAUGUAUUCACGCAGUGGGGGAUUCUCCAGCUGCUGCGGCGGUACCCGGGAAAGGUGCCGGACUUGGAGCUGAUGUUCGAUUGCGUUGACUGGCCGGUGGUCGGAAAAUCGGGCGGCUACGGUGAAAAUGGGCCGAACACCACCGGCCCACCGCCUCUGUUUCGGUACUGCGGGGAUGAUCGGACGCUCGAUAUCGUUUUCCCCGAUUGGUCGUUUUGGGGAUGGCCGGAGAUAAACAUAAAGCCAUGGGAGGGUUUGCAGAAGCAGCUGAGGGAGGGGAACACAAAGAAGAGAUGGAUGGAAAGAGAGGCUUAUGCGUAUUGGAAGGGGAAUCCGGCGGUGGCGGAGACGAGGAUGGACCUUAUGAAAUGCAAUGUCUCUGAAGAACACGACUGGAAUGCUCGCGUCUUUGCUCAGGAUUGGGUUAAAGAAUCACAGCAAGGGUACAAGCAAUCGGACUUAGCCAACCAAUGCUUACACAGGUACAAAAUCUACAUCGAAGGUUCGGCAUGGUCAGUGAGCCAGAAGUACAUAAUGGCCUGUGACUCGGUCACCCUGAUCGUAAAGCCACAUUACUACGACUUCUUCACCAGAAGCUUGGUCCCUGUUCACCAUUACUGGCCUAUACAAGAACACGACAAGUGCAAAUCGAUCAAGUUCGCAGUCGAUUGGGGCAACAAUCACAAGCACAAGGCUCAAGAGAUAGGGAAGGCGGCGAGCUCAUUCAUUCAGGACGAGUUGAAGAUGGACUACGUGUACGACUACAUGCUCCAUCUCCUGACUCAAUACUCGAAGCUACUGACGUUCAAGCCGGUUGUUCCGAAGGGAGCUGUUGAGCUGUGUUCGGAAUCAAUGGCCUGCAAUGCAGCUGGGUUGGAGAAGAAGUUCAUGAUGGAGUCGCUGGUGAAGGGUCCUUCAGAGAGGGCUCCGUGCACGAUUCCUCCGCCUUACGACCCUCCAUCGCUCAGUGCGGUUUUGAGGAGGAAUUCGAAUUCGAUCAAGCAGGUCGAGUUAUGGGAGAAGAGGUACUGGGACAAUCAGAACAAGUAGCACUGUAGCAACAGCAGCAGGCUUAGAGGAAUAGGGUGCUAUACAAUAUACAGAGGGGGAUUAGUUUUACUUUUUGUUAUAUGUGAUAUCAUUGGGAUCAUAGUAAUUCCAUUAUUUGUACCAGUUUCAAUAGUGGGCUCUACAUAUUUGAGUAGAUGGGCCGUUAUGUUUGGAGCCUGUCUAAAUGGGCCCAUACAAAAACGAACUAGAUCUCGCCAUUUGGCCGGGUUUCCACCAAGCAUCACAUCACCUCUUCCUAAAAUGCUCUCCCAUCACUGGAAACCGGUAAGGUAUCGACAAAUUUCAAAUGCCAAAUAGUACUCUAAAUUCUAUCACAAUUUUAGCCCAAACUAAAUUUGAUAUCCCCAAUCCCAAAAAAAUUAUUUGGUAUCGG